AUGGAGGCCUUUACCUUCGCCGUCUCCACGAGCGUGGACUUACCGAUUAAUGUGAAGAUUGGUACAUUAGAAGGGAAACAGAAACAGCUGCCCUUCUCGAUGCUCCUGAAACAUCCGGAGCUGCGGCAUAUGGGCUCCUCGCAGAACCCCAUAUCGGACCUGUUCGCGACGGUGCAGCUAUGGUCGGACUCGAAGCCGCUGGGAGUGCCGAUGCAGACCUCGUACAAAACCUUCAAGGCAGCUCGGUCGUGGAACGAAUGGUUGGCGAUGCCCAUGUCGAUCAAGGAUGCGCCGUUGAAGUGCCAACUGGCCAUCACAAUCUGGGAUCUGUCCCCCUUUGCCGGGCAGGGAUUGGACGGGCACUACGUGCCGUUUGGCGGAACCACCAUUUCCUUGUUUGAUGACGAGGGGAAGCUGCGAUCCGGAAGACAAAAGUGCAAGGUUUAUCGCAACAAGGCUGCAGAUGGCCUCUCGGUAACGACGACCCCUUCGAACCCGCCUCCGAAGCGACGGAAAACCAACGGUUCCGAUGGCCUGGCUCCAUCAAUGGAGGAGCUCGAGUUGGAACGCGUGGAGAUCUUGAUCAAGAAGCACGAGAUGGGCGAGAUUCCCCGGAUUGAUUGGAUGGAUCAGCUGGUCUUCCGUCAGCUGGAGAAGCUCAAACUCAACGCCGAAGAGGCGGCUAGGAAACGCACUCUACGUAUGAAGGCUGCCAAAAAGAAGGAAGGACAAACGAAUGGCGUGGGUGGAAAUGACUCGGAUGAGGACCAGGCCGACGACGAGAACUUCAUCCUCUACGUUGAGUUCCCCCGGUUUGAUCACCCAGUCGUGUGGGCCGACCAUGAAUAUCCCCCGCCUCCCAUCUCAUCGCAUAUCCAGACUGGGUCUGUUAACUCCAGUACUGCCCCCAAACCGCUACCAGAAGUUCGCCUCGGGCCAGGAAUCGAGGGAGCUGAUAGCAUAGACUCCAUGCGCAUAUACGACCCCGAAAUUGGACAGACGGGCAAUCCGUGCGAGGACAAACACAGACGGUUGAUCCGCAGUCACCGCACCGGGAUCAUGGACCGAGACCUGAAACCGAACCCCAAGAAUCGUGACGAGCUUAACUUGAUUCUGUCAUAUGAACCCACGCAAGACCUCACCGCGGAAGAAAAGGAUCUUAUCUGGCGGUUCCGCUACUACCUUACACGUGAAAAGCGAGCGUUGACUAAAUUCGUUAAAUCAGUCAACUGGCGUGACGUCGGCGAGGCCCGCCAGGCGGUUGAUAUCCUCCCGAAAUGGACCGAAAUCGACGUUGACGAUGCACUGGAGCUUCUAGGUCCCACGUUCGACAACGCGGCCGUCCGGUCGUAUGCGGUAGAGCGCCUCCGAAAGGCCGACGAUGAGGAGUUGCUGCUGUAUCUGCUACAACUUGUUCAGGCUCUCAAGUAUGAAGACAGCUCUGGCGGAAGUCCCGAGGAGGAGGGCGCGCCCGAUUCCUCGCUGGCCAAUUUCCUCAUCUCCCGUGCCGCCAACAACUUCAAGCUGGGCAAUUAUCUGCACUGGUAUUUGAUGGUGGAGUGCGAUGACUCCAGUCUGGGGACCCUCUCGGUCCAGCGGAGACUGUUCGCUCGAGUCGAAUACUACUUUAUGGUUGAGCUCGAUCGGAUCCAUGCGGACCAGCGCAAGACCUUGCUGCGACAAGCUGAAUUCGUUACCAUCUUGUCCAAGAUUGCCAAAGAUAUCCGUUUCUCCCGAGACACGCGACCGCUCAAGAUUGAGAAGCUUAAGAAGUACCUGCGGGAUCCUAAGAAUGAAAUGGUCACGAUUGAUCCGCCCCUACCUCUUCCACUGGACCCUGAGAUCCUCAUCAACGGCUGCAUUCCCGAGGAAGCCAACGUUUUCAAGUCGUCGCUCUCUCCCUUGCACAUCACCUUCAAGACCUCCGACGGCCGCAAGUACCCGAUUCUGUUCAAGGUCGGCGACGAUCUCCGCCAAGAUCAGUUGGUGAUCCAGAUCAUCACUCUGAUGGACCGACUCCUACAAAAAGAAAAUCUGGACCUAAAGCUGACGCCAUAUCGAAUCCUGGCAACCAACUCGACCGCCGGGGCGAUGCAGUUUAUCCCCUCGACCUCCCUGUCGGCAGCGUCGGCCAAGUACAAAUCCAUUCUGGCGUACCUAAAGGCCAACAACCCAGACGAGAACGAGCCGUUGGGAGUGCGCAAGGAGGCAAUGGACACGUACAUAAAAUCCUGCGCAGGCUACUGCGUUAUCACGUAUCUUUUGGGCGUGGGCGAUCGGCACCUGGAGAACCUCCUUCUUGCGCCAGACGGGCACUUCUUUCACGCCGACUUUGGCUUCAUCCUCGGCCGCGACCCGAAACCCUUCGCGCCCAUGAUGAAGCUCUGCAAGGAAAUGGUCGAGGGCAUGGGCGGCACCACCUCCCCGCACUAUCUCCAGUUCAAGCAGUAUUGCUUUACCGCGUACACCACGCUGCGCAAAUCCGCCAACCUCAUCCUCAACCUCUUCAGUCUCAUGGUCGACGCCAACAUUCCCGACAUCCGCGUCGAGCCAGAUAAGGCCGUCCUCAAGGUCAAGGAACGGUUCCAUCUGGAGAUGUCCGAGGAAGAAGCCAUCCGCCAUUUCGAACAGCUCAUCGGCGAUAGCGUCAACGCCAUCUUUGGCGUCGUCAUCGACCGCCUUCAUGAAUUCGUGCAGGGGUGGAGAGCAUAG